GCGCGGUGAGUAGUUCGUGCUGUCGCAGAAGUUAACUCUUGUACGACUUACGGUAGCAUCAGAGUUCUCUCGUUCAAUCAAUUAAUUGGUGAUUGUCUGCAGUGUUAAUCAAUAACCAUUGAGUGUUUGUUUGUCUCAAAGGCACCCAUUAAAGUGACACUGGUGCACCUCCCAGAAAUUCACGUGUAAAUAGUAAAAGUGAAAGACAUCAACAGGUGCUCGUUGAUCGUGAAUUUUGUGGCAACAAAUACUUCCAGUGAAUUAUUGAAGCAAUUUAACAACUUCUUGGAUAUAUAAAGCAUCACCUUUUUUCUUCCUCAACAUCUAAAAACUAUUUUGAGAUCACUUUUUUCUCGUGAAAAAUAAUGGAAAUAGGAGGAAAAGUUGCGUGUUUAAUCGGUUGACGACACUUUGUUUCGUUCACCAUUGUUGCUGCAGCAGCUGAAGAUUGACAUCUCUUGGAGUGUGAGGUGUAAAUUAUUGUUCCGGAACCAAGACACAAAAAAAAACGACUAAUCCAAGAUGGUCGUUAAAACUGCCGAUUCACUAGACAAGAAACCACUUAUUAAUAAGAACUUAGUAUCUCUGAAAUGUGUUCUCUUCAUAUUUUUUGGCGGCCUAGGCUGCCUAUAUCCUUUCUUGCCACUUCACAUGAUCGCCACGGGGCUCAACUAUGAAGAAUCUAGGAUAGUGUCCAUAGUUGCGCCCCUAGUGUCCCUAUUGGGACCACUAGUGGCUGGGAUUCUGGCUGAUCGAAUGGCUGGACGGAAGGGUUCAAUGUCCGGUCGGUAUCUUCGGGUCCUGAUAGCGGUAGCUAUGAUUUUAGCUGCCAUCUUCUACGCCAUCCUCCUAGCUGUACCACCGUGCCAACGCUGGGAGGCACGUAGACCCCUAGUUAGCUUCGCUUGCGACUCUGAAGGAGCAGAAAUCUUCCAAGAACGCUGCACCGAAGAAAAAACAUGCUAUCACUGGGAUAGUGCAAAAGAGGGAUCCCUUAUUUUGACCAACUGCUCCUACACCUGCCAGAAGCCAAGUCAAUUCGAAAAACUCUACAAUCCCUGGACUCACGGUGCACCUCAAGCCCUCACCGAAAGUCUAUCUUCCGAAGCGGACUACGACAACUACGACGAUGGUAUCAACUACGAAGGUGUAGAGAGACUUCGACGAAAUGUUCACGUUGAACAAGUUUUUGUGGAACCGCCACAUCUAUGCCUUGGCACAUCGCCUGAUGGAGAAAUCACAGAGGCUACCAUUUGCCAUGUAUACACGGAAGACACCAAGUCCAUUAGCGUUCAUACAACUCUAAGAAGUGCUACGAAUCAGGAAAACGAGACGCACAGCGCAGAAUGGUGCAGGUAUCCUCUGGAUGGCUUCAGUUGCCACAUCCCACCUGCUCAAGCCACCUACAUGAAACUCUACAAGAAUUCGACAAAAUGCAAGCCAAUGGUGGAAUGUGAAGUUCACGAUCCCUAUGAUAAUCCCGGAAGUGUUCUGGCAGAAAGCCAAUGCAUCAAGGUUGUUGGCAAUCCCGAGGAGACCUUCUGGAUGUACCUGAUUAUUCGUAGUGUAGCAGAUAUCUUCCCAACAGCCGCUAUCGCUCUUCUCAAUGCUGCCAUUGUUAUCGCAACGCGCGAAACAUCUUCUGGCCGAGGAGAUUUUGGACGGCAGAUGGCUUGGGGAUCCUUAGGUUGGGCAAUAUUUGCGCCUAUCAUGGGAGCCAUAGGACAUCCCGAAGGAACACCCAUCUACUUCGUUGCCUUCAUCGUAUUUGUGGUUCUCAUGAUACUGGGAGCUUUGGUGAUCCUUUUGGCUAACGCCAUGCCCCUAAGUCCACCAGAAUGGUGGUGGCAUACCAAGAGUGGUAUGCUAGCUAUCCCCUUGUCUGCCAUACGUAAAUACGCUCCCGAAACAGGAGCGCUACUUUUCGUAACCAUAAUCUUGGGCAUUUUCUGGAGUGCUAUUGACUCCUAUCAAGCUUGGCAUAUUAUUGAACUGGCCGGAGAGGGUAUAACAGGAUCAGAUCUGCUCGUUGGACUUACACUGACAGUUGGAGCACUUCCUGCAAUUCCUGUUCUGUGGAAUGCCGAAAAGAUUGUGGACUAUUGUGGUCAUUCAAACAUCCUAAUUGGAGCAUUCAGUGUCUAUAUCCUUAGGUACACUGGUCUAGCAAUCCUAGACACUCCAUGGUGGACACUUUUGAUGGAAGCCAUGGAACCUGUGACCUUGGGGCUUUCCUGGGCCACAAUUGUCAUGUAUAUGAGACAUUUGAUGCCUCGACGACUUACUGCCACGGCCCAAGCGCUACCCGUCGUGGCAUACUUCUGUGUGGGUAAGAGCCUGGGUGCCCUCUUGGGUCUAGUCAAAUCCGGCAAUACGCUGGAAUCUCUGCAGGCCGUCUACCGUGGCAUGGCCAUCGCUGCUGCUGUCAUUGCAGUGAUCUACUUCUGUCUCUACCACUGCCUCUUGGCACCAAGAUGUGCUGCCAAAUCCCAGCCACCGCCAGACACAACCGUCCAACCAGGCACAAAUGGAGCUGGAAACACUUCACCCAACACCAACGGCAACUACACACCACUCAGAGUUUAUCACGAGGGACGCGGGCGAAAAGGACACUUCCGCUACUAAAGACGCCCUCUCUCUCUCCUUUCGCCCACGCAGUCACUUUCAAAGUCAUUUUGUCGUAUUAGCAGGCACAAUAUUUAUGUUACGUUAGUAUUUAUUACUCAGACGCUGUGUCAUCUUCAUCGACUUCUGGCCACUAUCGCUAAUACUAUCUGCGAGGGGAUUUACUUUGUUUUUAGUAUUUAUAUUCUUAGGGCAUUGAGCCCAAAAUGGGUGCUGAAAAUCUUUCACUUUCACACAUUUUCCCUUUACCGCUGAUCCCAGUCUAAACUGAUCCAAAGGAUUGUUCAAAAGAAUUUAAUUUAGUGAAAAUCCAGUCGAAUGAUUGCAACAGAGUACAUUUAUUUUGAAGACAAAACACAAAUAAUAUUACAAAACUAUUACAUCUUAAAGGUAAGAAAACUAAAUUAUUAUUUUUUCGGAGGAUUAAAAACUUAAAAAAGAAAACCUAUUUCUUUCGUUGUUAUUUUCAGUUUACUAGAUCGAACGAUUUCUAUUUUAAUAAGUACUUCGCAGUAAUUGAGUAAAAAAUCAAGAACGGAAGAACUUUUAAAAAAUCCAGAAAAGGAUUAGCCGAGACACAUACCAUUUGCCGUAAAAGAAUAAACAUCUUUUUUUCUUUUUUUUAUUAUUCUACAAAGGCAGCUUAAGUUCUAAUAUCAAGAACACUUUAACAUUUUAAAAUACCGGGGUCAAGAUAUCAAAAUCUAAAUAUCUAAUCGGUCAAAUGCUCCGGAAUACUUUUUAAUUGUUUAAUUAAAGAAACAAACCGCAGAUAUCCCAAAAUUUUAAACUUGUCUUCGUGAAGUACCUAUUCUAAGGACCUUUAGCCAGGGAACCAUCAAGCCUAAAAAAAGUGAAGCUAUUUUUCACAUUUCCUUGUAAAAAUUUUGCAGAUAUUGCACCGCGACUUAAACAAAUUUACUUGUAGUUAUUGUAUUAUUUCGGCGAACAUUAUGAAAUAUCUAUUUUUAGAUAGUUUUUAACGGACGAUUUCGAAAUAUAUCAGACUCAUAAGUCAAUUCUCUUUAGGAAAAAACUUGCCAAUAGUCUUCAGUGUCUCUAUGCAGAAACGUAUAAUAAUAAUGCUGGCAAAACAUUCCAUGAAGGAACAAGGCCUUUCCGCAAGGGGAUUUCUAGACAUGCAUUAUUUUAUUUUUUUCUUGUACGGGAUGAGGUUGUCAGUCCCAUGCCCGUGGAAUCAAGUGCAGUGAAGCUCACUGGAUGCAAUCCGAACACCUUUAACGCCAGAAAAAUUCCUGGUGACCUAAAGGGGAUUCGAACCCGGGACACUUGCAUCAUAGAGCGAGUGCUCUACCACUUGACCCAUUGAGUGCCCUGCAGAAACGUAUGGAAAAAUGAAAUUUCGAGAGGCCCCUGCCUUUAGCAGGUGUUUGAAAUUACCAAGACAAUAUUUCUAUUAACUGCAUUAAUAGUUUAAUAUGAAAUUCAUUUCAAAUGAUUAUUUUGAUAGAGCUAAAAAAAAAUCGUAUAAAAACCUGUGUCAGUAUCAGAGUUCAACAUUUUGCCAAGCAAAAAAAAAUUCCCAAGAUGUACAUUUUGGAGUUAAUCAUUGGCGGUCAUUAGUUUUCAUCUCACUUUUCUAUUUAUUUUUUUUAAGUUUCGUAUGAGAUAGUAAGAAGUACCACAGAACGUAGAUUAAUGAAACAAUGCCACACACUCAGUCCCAGCAUUAUGCACCUGACGGAAUUAUGCACAUACAAUUAUGCAAGUUUGCCUACAAUUGGGAGUCAAUUUAUGAAAUCAUUUUUGAAAUACGCCUGAAUGUAUUGGGGAAACUGGGGCAAAAAGUCACAAAACGGAUAUUUUAUUUUUUUUACAAACUACUCGAACGCCCCAGAAAUUUCUAAUUAGCGCAGUUUUAUAGGAAAUUUACCACUCUACAAAUUUGUGAAAGUAGUUUUCCUCUAUUUUGUAAGGAAAUACGUUUAUCGAGCCGUUUUCUAAAACGUUAUUUUGUGACCAAGCUCAAAAAUGCUGGGCAAAUAGUAUCAGGCAUGGAAUGUUACCAUAUUUUGAUUCGCUUUGUUACGGGCUUCCGUAAAUUAAAAAAAAAAAUAACUAGAUAACAUAUUUUCAUAGGAAAUUUAUUCCUCUACACCAAUGUAAAACACUGUUUUCUCUAACUGAACGAGAAAAACGCUUUUCAGGCUAUUUUCGAAAAAAACACACAAGAGACUGAAAAUCGUUUGACCAUUGCAAACAACAAGCGGCGACACAUGACAUUGAUAUUUUUUUCGCCGUGAUACAUCAUAAAUUGUUUCGGUUUUUCUUACUUUUUGCUCUAUACCUUUUGUUACUUUUUACCCCAAGUUGCCAUUUUUAAUAAAAAGACUUCUUGAGAGAAGAAUCUUUGUAAAAUUCUAAAAUAGAUAGCGGUUUCGUAUUCAAAGACUCCAAGUCAUUUAGGAAAUAAUCAUCAGUGCAUAAAUUUUGAAUAAUAAAUAAGUGAUAAUUGAUAUAUUCUUCAAGGAAAAUAUUUCAAAAAUAGGGCUAAAAAUUUCCAUAUUUUUUGUUUUCUUAUUUCCUUGUUCAAAUUCUAAAAACAUACAACAUCGAAGAAGGUCUACAGAAGAUAUCUAUGGAAAAAAAAUUUAAGCCGCUGUCUUAUUUAUCUUGGAAGAUAUUGAAUUUUGAAAUUUUAGAAAUCCACAUGCACUAAUUAGUUAUUAAACUAAUUUGUGCAUUGAGGACUUUUGUAAAGAAAUGAUUAAAACAGAGGACAAUGUUCACAAUGAGCACACCGAAUUAAAGUAUGACUCACAAUCAAUUUAGGCAAAAGCUCCCAAUAAACUUUUUCAAAACAAUAUUGAAUUGAAUUUUCAAAUAUAACAAAAUUCAACAUAUCUUGAUUUUGUGCAGAUUGCUAAUUAUAAUAAUUCUCUAUCGCUUUGUACAUAGAUUUAUUGAUGUAUUUUGCAAGACACAUUGCUUAGGCAAGUGAUUUAAAAAAGCAAAUAAAAAUAACGCUAUGUAUAUCUAGGACCAAUAAGACCGUAUAUGGAUGAAUUCUUAAUUUCUAUUCCUUAAAAAAAUUAAAACAAGCAGACGCGUUGAAGAACUUUUAAGACACUUACUUUAGUUAAACAUUCAUAUUAGGAGUAUAUUACAGUGCAAAGCAAAUAUAGAUACACUAAGGAAAAAUUACGGUCAAUGAAAAAAAAAUCCGACAAAAAAAAUAGAUAAAAAAAUAAUAGAAGAAAAAAAACAAUAAGGCGGCACAAAGCAAGAAUCGAACUCGAGACCUUUGCGUUGUAAACAACGUCCGCUAGCCCACUGCACCACGACUGCUCCUGCUGGCUCUAGAACUUUCUUUAUCAUUAACAUUUUAUGGAAUCCUUUGAUUGCUUUUUUUGCAAAGGAAAAAAAAAUUUAGCACUUUUUGAGUAUGACACGAUCCUUAUGAUCCCUAUCCGCGUCUAUGUUCUCAAUAUGAAGCCAAUCUGAAUUUGAUGACUCGAUGACCUCCCAGAAGAAAGCCCUUGCGGGUAUGUAAAUUUUCUCGAUGCUUAAUGUCAUUUCGCGCGUUUUUUUUCGGUCCCGAAAAUGUGGAUAAUCCCGGGUCUGAGUGUAUUACUUACAUUUUAUUAGACGUUAAAUAAAUUUCAACAUUUUGACAAAAGUGUCAACACUGAGAAAAACCGGGGGUGCGAUUAACUCUUUUUCCUCAUAACUUUAACACUUUUUAGGUGUAAAAAUAUAUCAACAUUUUUUAAUGUUAAUUUUACACCUUUUUAAGGGUAGAAAUAACAUGAAAAAGAGUAACUUUAACCCCUAACACACGUAAAAAGCAUAACACUUACACCGAUUUCUGAUCAAUACUACAGCGUAAAAUAAACAUUUCCGAAAUGUUAUUUUAACUUUUUCGGAUUUCUCUCAGUGAAUAGGGGUUCCCUGUCAACCCUGUCGGUGUUCAUUCAACCCUAGUUUUAAUUAAGAAGGAAGGAAGUCAAAUUUACCCUCCUUGCUGGUAUGUGUCUUGGAUAAACCUUUUCGAGUUUAGCUGUCAGUGUCAAAAUUUUCAGUGCUUGAAUUUAGGACGCAAUCCUUAUUGAGCAGUUUAGAAUGGGACAACCGAGAUACUGUAAUUAAUUAAUUGUAUUUCCACAAGGUACGCAUAAUAAAUAAAUGUAAGAAUAGUAAUAGAAUUUCCUUGACCAAGAGAGAAAGGGAGAUAAUAUGCCUUAAGUGUGAUUGUUGCAGAGAUAUUUUCUCCAGAAAGGGACAACAAGAUAAAAUUGGCUAAAGAAUGUAAAGAAAAAAUACAAAAAAAAACCCUAAAUUGUUCUUUAUAUUUUAAGUGUUUAUUUUAAUUUCAUAUUUUUAAGAUAUGAAUAUAAUACAUAGCUUUUUUUAUCUUUUGCAAAACUUCUGUUUUACCAAUAAGUUUUCCAGUUUAUUUAUGUGCUGUCUACACUAAAAUUAGUUAUGUUGUUUUUUUUUUUACUUUUACUCUUUCAUAUUUUUUCUUUAGUUUAAAAACUAUCCAUCUAAUUUAUCCAUCAAAGUGUAAAUGUUUUUUUUAUUUUUAAAAAAUAAAAAAUAAACGCCUUAUUGAGAAACAAAAUUUUGAAAACAAAAAUAUAGAUGUAAAAAAAAAUCUUAUAUAUUCUGUAUAGAAAUAACCAAAAUUUCAAGAGAAAGAUUAUUAUAUUUAUGGCAAAAAAAAUCCUAUUUUUCUAUUAAAAAAAAUAUAUAGAAAUGUAAAUUUGAAAGGGAGCAUUUAAUAAUUUUUUUCUUCAGAUAAAUGUCCUUAAAAUUAAAUUUCACUGUUAAGAGACGACAUUUGUGGUUUUUCUUUUUGCAGAGAAAAAGAAAAAAAGGAAAAAGUCAGUGAAUAAAUUGCAAAAUAAAGAUAUUUCCAAAGAGAAAGUCUUAUAAUUCAA